CUAUAAAAUGCGCACUCCCCCGCCCCGUCGGAAGCCACCGUUCCGCCGCCGCGACCUCGAUGGCGUACCGCCGGAAGCCGCAGCCGCAGCCGCCCUUCGAGCGCCAGCAGCAGCCACCCGUGGCCCCUUCAUCCCCCCCGUCGCAGGAUUCCCUCGCCGCGCAAGCCAUGCGCGCCUCCGCCGCCCACCGCGACGCCUCCUCCCUCUCCUCCGCCUACUCCUCCUCAGCUGCCUCCGCGGCCGCCGCCGCUCGACGGAGCCACGAGCCCUCCGUAUCCACCCCUUCCCCCGAUUCCUCGGGCUAUGGGUACACAUCCAUGAAGAGCUUAAACGAGGCCAAGUACGGAUUUUGGGGGACGCUUGCUCGGAAAGCGAAAUCAUUUAUCGACGAGGAUGGUUCUCCGGGGCAAUAUGAUUCUCCGGCGAGACAGCAGCCGCCAAGAGAUGGUCCAUCGCUAGGUGUCCAGAUUCCACGCUCACAGCAGCCACCAGCAGAAACGUGGAAAUCCGAGACACCUCCAUCUCAGAAGAGGUCUGAGGCCUUAGCUUCCUCCCUUAACUAUAUUGGCGGCACAAUAAAAAGUGUCCUUGAAGAAGGUCGGACCAUUGUAGAGAAUAAAACAACCAACAUUAUUCAAGAGACGCGUAAACUAAACACAAGACGGAAAGGAGCUGGUUCAGAUCCACAAGAAGUCGCUCAGAAAUUUGCUCAACGAAAUUUCCCUCCAAAUCCACUUGAUCACGAAACUCAAUUGAAGGCAUCUCGCGACGUUGCAAAUGCCAUGGCAGCAAAAGCAAAACUGCUAUUACGUGAACUGAAGACUGUUAAAGCAGAUUUAGCUUUUGCAAAGGAGCGGUGUGCUCAGCUUGAGGAUGAAAAUAAAAUGUUGCGGGAAAGUCAAGACAACGGUGAUAACCCAGAAGAUGAUGAUCUGAUCCGCCUCCAGUUAGAGACACUAUUGGCCGAGAAGGCACGACUCGCACAUGAGAACUCUGUGUAUGCUCGAGAAAACAGAUUCCUCCGAGAAAUUGUGGAGUACCACCAACUUACUAUGCAGGAUGUCAUAUAUGUGGAUGAAGGCAUCGAAGAGGUCACGGAGGUCUACCCUACUCAAGUACUGCCACCAGCGGCUGCUCGCACUGGGGCAGGCCUCGGUCGCUGGGCGACACCCAAACCUGCCAGCUCAUCUAUGUCAUCGACAUCUGUCAUACCAGAAUCAUGCUCAAUUGUGCCAGCCUCUCCAAAGUCGCUUUCACGGGCUUCAUCUCUAAGCAAAUAGAGGGAGCCCGGCACCACCAACCAUCUCUGAAGAGUAAAUAUGAUCAGUGGUGCGAUGCAGGUACCAAUAUAUAUACAUUGUCGAUGCGCCUGCAACCGAGGUUGCUGCAGCAUUCAUUGCCUGCGUGGUACGUACGUAGCCUGGCGUUCGCAGAAUCUGUCAUGUUUGUAUGCUCUCUGUUGUAACUUAUGAUAAUUUUUCUUUUACAUCAUCUUGGUUUGGCCAUGGCGUCCGUCUUUUCAGUUGGCACUUGUUGUAGGUGUGCUGUUUAUUCUCUGUUGCCAUGCGUGUCGAGCUCACUGAUUAGAUGUUUGGGCUAUGAUACAGCGUACACGAGUACUCGUAAUAAUGAAGAUAAUAAAGGCAUAAAGAAAAAUGGAAUGCAAA